AUGUCCGUGUGCAAGUGGCCAAAUUGUGAUGCCACCGAGCGUAGCAAAUGGUCACUCGUCACUCAUCUACAGGAUCAUCACGCAAGCGAUCACCAUCUUCGAUCGAUGGCCAUUCGACGUAGAGACGGCACCGUGCCGAAAGUUCCGCCAAAAUACAGAUCCGAUGUCGUUCGCGAGUUGCCUCCACAUCCGGGCUACACUCGAAAUGCGGCGGCCGAGGCGAUCGGGCGACACGCUUUCAAGUUUUUGCCACGAGAGAUCACGGACGAACCCGAGGGUCCGGUGACGAGAAGUAUCCGCUUGACAGCUUGCCUCAUUCUGCGAAACCUGGCUCGCUAUUCAUCCGAAGGAAGACAGCAAUUGCGGCGUCAUGAGCGAACACUUUGCUGGUUAUCGUUGUCGCGUUUAGAGGGAAGCACCGUGUUGGCACAACUUUUGGCCGAACUACACUCAGCUGGAUCACAGGAAUCCACUCUUCCGCACGCCUCAUCCGACGCAAAUCUGCCAGCCAGUGAGCAAAGCAGCGAUGUUCCAAGU